UCAUUUCUAUCAACUAACAAUAGGUGGUAAGCUAAUUUAGUUGAUUGCAUACAAAAUCAAUUAUUUAUAACAAUGUAAAAGCUUUUCUGAGAAUAGCGCAUAUCCAAAUGUAUGAAACUUGUUCUCCAAAAUCAAUAAUUAUAAAUAAUCCAGUAAUACUGACAGAUAUCCAACUUGCAGGCAUUAGGAGUGAAAGAUGUGAAUGAUGUGUCCAUCCUUUCAAAUUAUCUUGACCCGUACUUGGAGUGCUCAACCUGUCAACUUGGACAACAAGUGUCAGAGCAGACCAGCGCAGAGCAGCAUUUAGUAACGAGCUCUGUUGAAAGAGGUGAUGGUGUCUUGAUGGACACCCAUACAAGCAGUGAACGAUCAGAAGAUCCGUCUGGUAUUCUCACACAGAUAAUGAACAUGGUCACACAGCAAGUGAAUAUGGUUCAUGAUGUUGUUUCAGAAGUUUCUUCGGGAAUCAGAAAGGAUAGUUCUCGUUAUUUUCGAACGCCAUCAGGAGACAGUGUUGCAUACUCUUUGCAGCAAUCGGUGGAAGACAGUGAAUACUUUGAAAAGGAACCAGACGAUAAAUCACUGGCAUUGACUCAUCCAAAAACAAGUCUUGAGGAUUGCAGAAAGUGUCGAAACCCAAAUCAUGAUCUGUUUAUAAUGUCGGCAAAUGUUUUAAAUGCAUUGGAAGAUUUCGUGUGUACUACCAAUGAAACCCAUGGGAUCAAUGGAGAUGGAAAGCUGGAGGAAGCACAUUCAAUCAAGUAUGAUCCUUCAAAUAUGAGUAGAGGUGACGUCGAUGCGUAUUGGAACAACUACAAACACGUUUUCAUCGAAGACAAUGAGAAACUGUGGGAUGCAUUAAUGAUGGGGUUGCGCAAGUAUCAUUCUGUUCUACAAGAUCGUCAUUCUCUACAUACCGAAGUAGAGCAACUGAGUACUCAAAAUAACGAUCUUAGAAGACUUCUCACAUCCUACACUUUCAAUGAUUCGAUGAAAAAGGAACAGUCUUUCUACGCGGAUAAUUCUGAAAAUUUAUUGCCUUUGCUGAGCAAGGAUCAAAACUUGGUCAAGUUAAGAGAAGUGCAAGACACUCUUACUCGUUUAUGAAAUACCUCUAGUAUACUUUUAUUAUGUUGUUAUAUAUUCAGUUUGUAAAUGUAAUGAUUUUUGGUACAUUGAAUGCAUUAUGAUGCUGCGCUGAGAUUAUUUUGAUUUUAUAAAUUCAUCAAGGUUCAGCAUUUUGUAAACUUAUGACGUAAUAAAUUUAUGAUAAUAAAUAGUAAUGGUAAUGAUAAAAGUAUGGUAAUAAUAAUAAUAUUCGUAUGGCUUUUAUUGGUGGGGAGUCCCUGACGGACUACCACCUCUCCUGAAUAUAUCAUUCAAACCGUCAAUGGGCCUAACGACCGUCAUACUUCGACCGACCGACGAUUUAACGUGCCCAUAACUAAUGAGCACCUUUAGCGUAAUUCAUGAGCGAGGUCUACUGUUCACAGAACUACUAGUACUAGAAAGAAAACAAAAGCUAACCAAGCUGUAAUGCCUCCGGCCGGCUUCGUGGCCAACAGGGAAAAUUCAUGUUGAGAAGGGAAGAAAUGGUGCAAUCAAGUGAGAAGUUUUCUUCAAUUAAUAAAUACAGUAUGAUUUGGAGCGGCUCAGACGUUCUCAAGAUUCACCACUGACAACUCUUGAUCUAAAAAUAGAUCGAUAGCAUUCCAACAAUACCAUUCAUUCAAUACAGCACAUAGAGCGGCACAAUUUCUAUUCUAAAAAAUAAGAGCCAAUUGUUUCACUUAUAUUUAUUGUGGGCACGAUUCACUCUCAACUUAUUGUAAAGGAUCUUUCAUUUUGAGAAGAAUAAAGAUUGCUGUAUCUUCAAAGAUAACGGUGCUAGAUAUGAGAAAGUAACUUUCUGGAUGGAGGUUGGUCUGCGGUUUUUCAAAUUACAGAGAAACCGGAGGUCUUAUCAAAAAUCGUUACACAUACUUUUCUGCGCCUUGUUUCAAAGAACCAAAUCGGACACUAACUGCGACUGUAACUGCGGUACAAACAAACAAACAGACAAAAGCCGAUUGAGUCGAAACUAAGACCUCAGCUUCGCUUCGGUCAAUGAUGAGUCAGCGAUAAGAAAUCAUUCCAAUGACCUUAAUGAUCGAGUAACAAACCUCAACAUAUCAUUAGAAGAUCAACUCCAUCUUCAUCCAAUUACAGAAUUUGAAGCUUUCAAAGUAAUUCAGCAUAUCCAUAGCAAUGCCACUGGGGCUGACAAAAUUCCAAUCGAAUUUAUCAAGAGAAUGCUCUUUGCUGUUCUAUCAACUAUCACGUUUAUUUUUUUAUAAGUCUCUUGAGAACGGAUCUUUUCUUGAAAGUUGGAAGACUGCUCUAGUUCGUCUUUCGAAUAAGGUUCCAUCUCCCAAUAGAGUUGAAGACCUUAGACCUAUCAGUAUUUUAUCUGCACUAUCAAAAGCACUAGAAAGACUUGUACAUGCACAAGUUACUGAGUUCCUUGAACAGAAAAAGAAGCUUCAUAACUUUCAGUCCGGUUUUCGUAAAUCUCAUUCAACAGAAACUGCUCUUCUACGUGUCACUGAUGAUAUUAGGUUGGCAAUGGAUCAAAGAAAAUGUACAAUCUUGACUCUUUUUGGCUUUUCUAGAGCAUUUGAUACUCUUGAUCACAAAGUUCUUCUGAAAAAAUUAGCUUUUCUUGGUUUCAGUCAUAGUUUGGUUCAAUUCAUAUCUUACAGAUAGGGAACAAUGUGUCUCUCUUGGCAAGAACAGGUAGAAGAACUUGGCAAGAACUUGGUGUUCCUCAAGGUUCAAUUCUAGGCCCUCUUCUUUUUACUCUGUAUGCAAAUGAUCUUCCCUCUUCUAUGAAAUUUUCUAGUUUCCAUACAUAUGCACAUGACCUUCAUAUUCAUGCAAGUUGUCCUAUAAUGAAAGUUAACUGAUGGAAGCCAGGGCCAGGGCCCCAAGCCCCUUGUCCCACAUCAGCUUCACUCUACGAUGCACCGUGCAAAAAAUGAAUCAUGACAAAAGUUCGAUAGUGGAAUGGACAAGGCAUAACGGCCUCAGACUCAUAACCAUAAGUCUGAACAUAUGGUUAACACAACCAAAACACAACCCAUAAUUAUUGGUUACUCACGUUUAGUAAACAAUAUCGACUUCAACUCGAUACAUAAAAUAACUGUUGAUGGUAAUGUGAUCCCCUACUGCAGCUCAGUGAAAAACCUAGGCAUCAUUAUGGAUAAAAACCUCGACUGGUCAGAACAAGUCAAUGAAAGGUUUUCUCAGCAAUGCAUUCACUCAAAAAAUUACAAGAUGUCCUUCCUAGAAGUAUACGAUUGUUACUUGUCCAAUCUCUGAUUUUUCCACAUUUCACGUACUGCAACUCUGUCCUCAAUGACAUGCAAGUUACACUCAAUAAUAGAAUGCAGCGCUGUCAAAAUUAUUGUCUACGUUUUGUUUACCCCUCUGGAACGCCAUGAACAUAUCACCCCAGCACACAUUGCUAGCUCUACCCUGAAGCUUCUUGAUCAGAGACGUUUCAGAAUAAUCAAACUUGUUAGAGAUACUUUUAAAUAUAGCAAUCUCAACUAUUUCAAAAAUGAUUUUAAAUUGGUUUCCGAUGGUAGGAGGAUAGACGCUUCCCAUACUAGAACUGGUGCAAAUAAUCUCAGGAUACCCAAUCAUCGAACUACUAUCUAUUCCAAAUCGUUCCUUGUCAGUGCUUGUCGUGAAUGGAAUAAACUUCCCAACACUAUUAGAUGCAUUGAGAGCCGAGCGGGCUUUAUCCUGUCUUUGAAAAUGUAUCUUAUAGAGAAAAUGACUGAGUCUGUCCAACCCUAGAGCACCGCAUGACAAAUAUUCUGAUCUCUCUUCCUUUCCAUUCUU